GUUGUUCCUAACCUCGACUACAACUUAUCUUCAAAUUCUCCCCCGGACUAUCAAUACUUUUACGACAGCUGAAUUCGUAGACCCAGCUCUUCUCAAAAACAAUAUUUACAUAUGACGUUAACUUAUCCGGAUAUUGUGGCUACUGUGUCGGGCGCACUGCUAUUAGUCAUCGGUUUAAUCUGGUACUUCGUCCGCCCAGUCAGCCGAUUCACCUUUUCACGUCGGAGAUGUCCAUUGGCUAUACGAGACGAAGAGAAUCAACUAUUUUUCACAUCCAGUAAUCGCCUCUCCAGUAUCAGUACUUUCGAAACUAUUGGUAAUCUCACAAUCUCUCCAGAUCGCCGCCCUCUUCCCUCAGCACUAGACAUCAUCAAUCAUGUAGGGAUGGCUAUUGGUCUACCAGCAAGCGCAAAGCCAGUGAGAUUGAAAGACGUUCCAAGGGUAUCCUUACAUCUACCGCCUGUGACGCCUAUGACCCCGACAACAAAAGUCAACAUCGUUAUGAUGGAAGCUGAAGCCAAAGCUGGAUCCCUCCACACCAACAGCGAUGCUAUGCUCAACACAGCUACCUCGGGUCGAGCAUAUUUUGUACAUCUUGGAACUGCUCCUCAAGCACGGAACAUCGAGAACCAAGCUGAUGUUACUUCGCGACGUGGGGAACCUACUAUUGCCAUGAAAAAUCAUAACUUCGACCUUGGUCUGGAGACCUGUUUGGAUGAGCCCUUGGGGGAAAUCCAGGAUGUCUUUGUCAUUGGUCAUGAUGACGAUAAUGAGCCUGAACAAGUUAAUCUUGCUGAUUACAAGAUGGCUUAUGGCUUUGGAUCAGGUAGAUCUAUGGCAGCGCUCUAUCAUGCGGUGUAAGUUAGAAUAUACAAGCGUAACAUCACAACACUAGGAGCUUUUGCAAUGAUUCGCUGCCUAUUUAUUUGACGUUUUUUAUGUCGUUGAGAGGUAUUUUGAACAAUCCUCGCAGGAAAUGUCUGUAUUGUCACAACCUCUUUCUUGGCCCGUGGCGUGUGCCUGUUUCUCGCUACCUCUUUGAUGAAUUGUGUGACAUUAAAGAAGACGCCAUGAGCGCUCGGCAAGUGUUCCAGCCCACCCAGACAUAACUUCCAGUCGCGAAUAUCUGGUCUAGUUAUCCGCCUCAGUGAAAACAAGAUGCGAGCUGCUGGAGGCAAAGCCCUCCAAAAACAGGGCUGGGAUACGGAGAGAUGCUUGGCGAUAGAUCUGGGCCAUGCUGGUUCGGGGAAAAACCGGUGCGCUUAGUCAGCCAGUGCUCGACGCGUUGA